AUGCCGCGAGAGGUGGGCGGCGUCGAGGUCGCGCCCGAGGAGACGCUCCACGAUUUCGCGACCGGGUCCGUGUGCGACUGGUGCGCGGAGCGAUGCGAGGGCAACGACGAGCUGAACGCGCUGUCGUGCACGUUCGCGGAGUGUCCCGCGAGCGCGGCGGUGUAUCAUCAGGACUGCCUGGAGAAGUACUUGAAGACGAUCAAGCUCGAGAAGUGCGCGCGCGCGAUCGCCGAGUCGCAAGACCGGGUUCAGAUGCCCGCGAGGGUGCAGCAAAGCCAGCGAGUACGACAGGCCGUGCCCGGGCAAGGUGCGCGUCGUCGUCGUCGACCGGCCCUCGGAAGAACCGACCGCAACCCAGAGAGAAGCGGACGGGGGCUUCUAUCGUUUUUCCUCCUCGCGUCGCCCGCCCGUUCGUUCGUCGUUCCGUUCCCUCGUCGUUUACCGAUCCGAAACCUUCCGCAGGUGUCUAAAUCGCACCCGAUACACGCGUGCAACGAGGAGACGAAAAAACGACGCAAGGAGAAGGCUGCCGCGGUGGCGGCGUCCCCGGAGGUGCCGAGAUACGGCCCGGCGGCGAAAGCGGCGCGCAAGGAGGCGGCGGAGAGAGAACGGAAAGCGAAAGAGGCGUCCGAGGCGAGCGCGCGCGCGGAGGAGCUGAAACGUCUCGCGAAAUUGAAACGAACCGAGACGAAAGAGACGAAAAAAGCAGCCGCGGCGCGGGCGGCGGCGGCGCAGCGAGAGGCGAUGGCCGCCGCCGCGGCGAACGCGAGACGCGAGCUCGGGUGCGUUCUAUACACUGGUCCCCAUACGGCCGCGUUCGCGUGGUGA